GUUUUCAACCCUUACUGAUCACAGGACUACCCAAUACGACGAGCGCAGCAUAUCAUAAUGGCUCAAACGAGCUCAAAUACAUUGGAAAGAACAUAUGCUCGUCUUCGUUUUCGAUCCCGCAGCAGUGCUUGCUAUCUAUGCCACUGUUCCGUACCCGGCAUCACACUCGGCUUGACCGUCAACUUGGGGCUCAUCGCAUGGAUCAUAUAUUUCCACAGGGUCUCAGUAUAAAGACCGAACACUAGUGUUCGCCUGUGUGUACUCUCGCGCUUGCCUUUUUUUUUCGACGGGUCUGUUCGUUUGAUCCUGUUAGCGCCUGGUUAUACCUCCCCCACAGAAAGCCUGGUUUGACGGUUUCUUCUGGACGUCGUUUCUAUGCUCACGAUGUAUGCGGGGAAGUAUUUAUCUGCUCCUCUGAGCUUGUUCAUCUCCUCGGUCUUGUUCUCGGAAGGAGUCGCGUCUCAGAGUACCGUCACGGUUUCCGUAUCCUCAUCGCUGCCCACCGGACAUGCCAACGUCGUGCAAGAUAACUUCCUGGGGAUCAGUUGGGAAUUGAGCUCGUUCGACACAUUAUGGGGAAAGACAAACUCCACCAUCCCAAACGCGAUGCAAAACUAUCUCUCUAACUUCCGAGCCCGGAUCAGUCAACCCCUCCGUAUCCGCGUCGGUGGCAACUCCAUGGACUCCUCCACCUAUGAUCCAGACAAAACCGAUACCAUGCUGACCAUCACGGAUUCGUCGUACUACAACGACGAGCCCGUCACGUUUGGGCCCGUGUUCUUCGAGGUGCUGAACGAGAUGGCGGACAAGGUCGGAGAGAUGCAGUUCUUGGUGGGGUUGAGUAUGCAGCAGGCGCCGGAGGAUGGAGGUGAUGAUAACGCGUUGCUGUUGGCUAAUGCGAGCGAGGCUCUGCUUGGGAGCAGGUUGGACGCGAUGUUGCUUGGCAAUGAGCCGGACUUGUAUGCGAAUCAUGGAAAACGGGUGACAUAUGAGAUUUCCGACUACCUUCCGGAAAUCGAUUAUGUGGUGGACAACCUCACUACCGGAACGUACGGCGACCUCAGAUCAUCAGGAUCCAUUGGUGGACCGACCAUCUGUUGCAACUGGGAACUGACUGACGUCAUAGAUGCAGGUCUUGGCAGCUUAGAUUAUAAAUAUUAUACGCUACAACACUAUCCCGACAAUUUCUGCUCAGGCGCCACAGACACUAAUACCAAUAUAUCAGCAUAUCUUACACAUACCACUGUACCUUCAUAUACCUCCUGGAAUUCCGAUGGAGUUCUCGCAGCAGCGGAAGCAAAUGUCCCCAUCCUCAUGACCGAGUUCAAUACCUGUUCUUGUGGAGGCUCACCGACCAUCUCACCAACGUUCACCGCAACACUCUGGGCAGUCGACGCAGCGCUCUCCUUCGUCUCCUCCAACCUCACCGCAGUCUACCUUCACACCCGCGAAGCCGGCGUGACCUAUAACCUCUUCGACCCUCCCACCUCCGGCGACUCCACCGAAACAGGGUGGUACACCUACUCGACCUACUACGCCGCCCUCAUGCUCACCGAAGUCGCGUCUCUCAACGGAAGCGUCAUCCAGGACCUGAAUGUAGAAAACUCAAAAACGAACGCGAGCAGCACGAUCGCGGCGUAUGCGAUUUGGGAUUUUAGCGUCGCGACGGACGGAUUGGCGAGGAGCGAGAUCGAUAGCUCGAAAGCGGGGCUGAGUAAGUUCGUGUUUAUUAAUUAUUCGAAUACGACGGCGAAGACGUUCGUUAUUCCUUCGAACCUUACGGAGACGUCGACGGUCGCGACGAGGUCGUUGGUCGCGCCGCAUGUUAAUGAGGAGACGGAUAUUUCGUGGGCGGGACAGACGGUGGGGGAUAAUGGAGAUUUGACGGGAGAUCAGACGACGGAGUAUCUGGAUUGUGGGAACAGUGGGGAGGAUGGGUGUGUGAUUACUGUGCCUGGGCCGGGCAUUGUGCUUGCGCUUUUGGAUCCGAAUGCGAGUUCGACGGCAGGGUUUUAUGUGGGGAAUUCGACGAUUGCGGGCCUGGAGGGUUAUGAAUCUUCUGGAGCAUUGACUUCUCGGGUGUCGCAGAGUGGUUUGCUGUGGAGUGGGGUGGGAGUUGGUCUUGGUCUUGCGGGGUGGUUUGUUGAGGUGUUGUGA